AUGGACGUUGCUGUCCGCGAGCUCAUGGAGCUCUUUCUGCAGAGCCCGCUGGUGGCGGGGGUGAAAACUUUGAGCCCAGUCGCCAGCGGCAACGGUGAACACCUGUACAUGCACUUGGUGGAUGGCAUUUUGUUACACCAAGUCAUGUCGGAAAUAGACCCCAGGCCUAAUCAGCGCUUCCACCAGCACGUGAACAACGAUGUGAACCUCCGCAUUGAGAACUUGACCAUCUUGGUCAGACACAUUGAGAACUUCUACCAGGAAGUUCUCCAGCAGCAGAUCGUAAUGAGCCUGCCGGAUGUUUCAGUGAUUAGCAAAGACCCGCUGUCUGGACAAAGUAUGGAGGAAAUGGAGAAGAUGCUGGUGCUGGUGCUGGGCUGUGCUGUCCAAUGCGACAGGAAAGGGGAGUUUAUUGAAAAAAUCCAACAGCUUGACAUUGAGACCCAGGUCAGGAUCCUGGCUCAUAUCCGGCAGGUGACCCGCCACCAGGAGAGCCUGUUUGACAUGCAGAGGUUGGAGGUCCCAGACAUGGCCCUGGAAGAGCUGGAGUCUCUCUCCAGCAACACGACUUUUUGCCUCAGGAGGCUCGUAACUGAACGAGACAGUUGCAGGGAGCCGGUCGUGACCAUGACCCAGGAGUGGAACACCAGCAGCCGCCCCAGCGAGGACACGCAGCCCCUGGCUGUGGAGCUGGCGGACACCAAGGCCACACUGCACGGCGUCAGGCAGGAGCUGGAGGAGAAGACGAAGCAGCUGGCGGACGCCAGGCAUCAGUUGUACCAGCUGGUGCUGGAGCUGCAGGAGGCCCGGCGCAAUAACAUGGAGCUGGCAGCCAGAGCCCAGGCUGCCCGUGCCCCCCUCCCUGAGCUGGACUCCCUGAGGGAGAAGGCGAGGCACGUGGAGAGGCUGGAGAUGGGCCUCAGGCAGAAGCAGAAAGACAUAGACUUCUAUGCAGCCCGCAUGAAGGAGCUAAUUGAAGACAACUACACCUUAAUGGACAUCAAGAGCCUUCUCCAGGAGCAGCUGACUGUCGCUCGGUCCCGGGUCGAUAAGCUGUAUGAGCUUGAAGAGGAGAACGUGCAGCUGAAAUCAAAGCUGCACCGCCUACAUUUGGCCCGGGACACAGACCAGCAACACCUUGAGGAGCUGCGGGAAGAGAACUUGGCCCUCAAGGCUGCACAGGGGCAGAGUGUGGAGGAGUCCACCCACCUGCGCUGGGAGCUGGAGCAGCUGUCAGAGGCCUCCAGUUGCUUCCUGAAGCUGGACCAGGAGAAGCAGAGCCUCCAGGGCACCAUCCAGGGGCUGCGGGACGCCUCCCUGGCCAUGCAGGAGAGCAGCCUCCAGCGCCAGGAGCUGGAGAAGGAGAACCAGCAGCUCAGAAAGCAGAUUGAAGACUUGCGAGUCCAGGUGGAAAGAGAAAAGCAGACCAGUCAGGAUCUGGAGACCCUCAGUGAGGAGCUGAUGGAGGAGAGAGAGCAGCUGCUCCAUGACAUAGAGACCCUGAAGGCUGAGAAAGCCCAGGAGAUCAAGGAUCUUGAACAAGUGGUGUGUUCGCUGCGGGAGCGUUCACAGGCCAGCAGUGAGGCCUGCGUGCAGGACAUUGAGAAUGAGAGCAAAGUCCUCCACCAGACGGUGAUGGAGACCAGCAGCAGAGUCAGCAAGCUGGAGCGGGAGCGGCAGCAGCUGCACCAGGACCUGGAGCAGGUGAAGGAGCAGGCGACGCGGGCCCAGGAGCUGGAGCGGGAGCUGCACUGGCUGCAGGAGGAGAACGAGAUGCUGGCCAUGGAGGUCAGCGCCCUGAGGACAGCCCCCGAGAGGGUCCACGCCCUGGAGCGGGAGAGCCCGGACCUGUUGCUGGAGAACCAGAGGCUGCAGACGUCUCUGGACACCCUGCAGCCCGAGGGUCUGGAGCGGGACAAGCAGCUGGACACCAGGGUGGAAAAUUCCACUCUGAGCUCCCAGAGCGCCUUGCUCACUGCGCUCACAGAGCAGAACACGCAGCUCCAGCACCAGCAGCUGGUGGCAGCCCACGAGGCCCUGCAGCGGGAACACGCGUGCCUGGGUGCGCUCCAUGAGCACCUGUCUGGGGAACAUGAGGCCCUCAUGGAUGAGUACAGCCGCCAGAAGACACUGCUGGGACGGACCCUGGAGCUGGAGAGCAAAGCUCUCAAUGACAGAUACAAGGACCAGCUCCAACAUAAGGCGGCGCUGGAGCAGCUGGGGACGCUCUUGACCACCGAGCGGGAGGCUCUGCAGCAGGAGCAGAGGACGAGCGCCAUGGCCGCCGAGGAGAACCAGAGGCUGCAGCGAGAGCUGGACAGGGCCAAUUCCCUGCACCAGCAGCUGAAGGGGGAGCAGGAGGAGCUGCAGACCCACAACAAGAAGCUGCAGACCUCCCUGAACGACACCCAGCUGGAGGUGAACCGCUGGCAGGCCCUGUACGAGGGACUGAAGGGGAAGCAUGAAGACACGGACAUCUCGCUGACCGAGCAGGACAACCACUGCCAGCUGCUCUCCCGCCUCAAGGGCAACUUGGAGGGAGAAAAACGUGACCUGCAGAGCCAAAUCCAAAGGCUGAAAGAGCAGAACCAGAGGCUUCUCCAGGAGGAUGUGGAGAACAAGGACCAGCUCCAUGAGGAGCAGCAGCAGUACGUAGACAAAUUAAAUGCCUUACAGAGACAAAAUGAAAAACUGGAAGAAAAAAGCAUGGCUCAGCACAAGGUCCAUGAUCCAGCGCCAAGGAAGAAAAAGCACUGGAUUGGAGCUAAAUUCUUACUCAAACUCAUCAAACUAAAGAAAGGCGGUUCCAGAGAACGACGAAAGUCAACCCCAGAGAGGCCUCCCUGCCUGCUGGGGUCCUCAGACCAGGCCUCGCCCAGUACUUCUCAGCCUCUUCAAUCGCAGCUGGAGCCCCUCGAGGCCACCCCAUGCUGCUCAAAGGGGACAGAAGAGCAAGGCACCUGCAGGGGGCCCAGGGGAAAAGGCCCUGGGGACCUAAUACCAAAGGGAGUGGCCCCACCCAGAGGCAGCCUUGACCGCAUUCCAGGAGAUGCCUCCGCUGACCCAGCCACCAAGCCCCGGCCAUCAGAGCUGGGCUCCGGGGCCUGUUCAUCCUCAGCCAUCACUACAGCUCCUUCCAGCUCCACCUCCACCUCCCGCCACCCAGGCCGCACCCACGGUACUGAGAGGUUGCGGUGCAAUUGGCUGAGCAAGGAGCAGGAGGAGCUGCAGAUCUACACCCAGGAACUACAAAACUCAUGGAAUGACAGGCAAAUGGAGGUGAUCUGCUGGAAGGCCCAGUUGAAGGGGUGCAAUUGGCUGAGCAAGGAGCAGGAGGAGCUGCAGAUCUACACCCAGGAACUACAAACCUCAUGGAAUGACAGGCAAAUGGAGGUGAUCUGCUGGAAGGCCCAGUUGAAGGGGUGCAAUUGGCUGAGCGAGGAGCAGGAGGAGCUGCAGAUCUACAUCCAGGAACUGCAAUCCUCACUGAAUGACAGGCAAAUGGAGGGCAACUGGCUGAAUGGGCAGCAGAUUGAGCUGCAGAUCUACACUAAGGAACUGCAAACCAAAUUGAAUGACAAGCAAAUGGAGGUGAUCCCCUGGCAAGCCCAGUUCAAGGGGCUGAAUCAGCAGCUGGUGUACCUUCAGAGCUACACCCAGGAACUGCAAAACUCAUUGAAUAUCAGGCAAGUGGAGGUGAUCCCCUGGCAGGCCCAGUUCAAGGGGCUAAAUGGUCAACAGGGGGAGCUGCAGAUCUACAUCCAGAAACUGCAUACCUCACUGAAUGACAGGCAAAUGGAGUGCAAUUGGCUGAGCAAGGAGCAGGAGGAGCUGCAGAUCUACACCCAGGAACUACAAAACUCAUGGAAUGACAGGCAAAUGGAGGUGAUCUGCUGGAAGGCCCAGUUGAAGGGGGGACUGAAGGGGGAGCAGGAGGAGCUACAGACCUACCGGAAAAAGCUGCAAACCUCCCUGAAAGGCACACACUUCGAGGUAAACUGCUGGCCUGCCCAGUGCAAUUGGCUGAGGGAGGAGCAGGAGGAGCUGCAGAUGUAUACGGAGGACAGGAAGCUAGAGGAGAACCGCUGGCAGACCUUGUACAAGGGACUGAAGAGGGAGCAGGAGGAGCUACAGACACACACCAACAAGCUGCAAACCUCCCUGAAUGGCACACAGCUGGAGGGAGAGCAGGAAGAGCUGCAGACCCACACCAAGGAGGUGCAAAACUCCCUGAACAACUGGAAGCUAGAGGUGAACCGCUGGCAGGCCCUGUAUGAGGGACUGAACGGGGAGCAGGAGGAUCUGAAACCUAUACCAAGAUCAAAACAGGAGCUGCAGACCCACACCAAGGAGGUGCUAACCUCCCUGAAGGAAACACAGCUAGACCUGAACUGUUGGCAGGCCCUGUACAAGGGACUGAAGGGGGAGAAGGAAAAGCUGCAGACCCACACCAGUAAGCUGCAAACCUCUCUGAAGGAAACACAGCUGGAGGUGAACUGCUGGCACGCCCAGUGCAAUUGCCAUAGGGAGGAACAGGAGGAGCUGCAGAUCUACACCAAGGAGCUGCAAACCUCCCUCUAUGAAAGGCAGCUUGAGGUGAACCACUGGGAGGCCCAGUUUAAAGGGCUGAAGGGGCAACAGCAGGAGCUGCAAACCCACACCAAGAAGAUGCAACCCUGCCUGAACUGCACGAAGCUAGACAUGAACAGCUGGAAGCCUUCUAAGAGGGACUGA